GAAGAAGAAGAAGAAGAAGAAGAAAAUGGUGGGGAUGUGUUCAAUCCUCACUAUUUUCGCCUAUUUACAUUCGUCUGACGACAUUCGAACAACUUGUGCUCUUCUAUUUAUGUAAUGAACUUCGCUUUGCACUAGACAAAACACGACGGGAACACACAUAGAACACAAGAAUUUGAUCAGAUUGAUGCAGUGAUGGCGUUCUUGAAGUUUGCCAGCUUUCUCCUCCUCCUCCUCCUCCUCCUCCUUUUCAUGGCCCAAGGAGCGGUCAAUGCGGCCGGCGCGAGUCUCAGUCAGAGCUACCAUGUCAUAGCGGGUUACGAUCAUGUCGCGCUUUCAGACGAUGGCCAAGAAAUCCAGCUCUCGCUGGAUGCUGCUUCCGGGUCGGGGUUCCAAUCGUGGAGGAGCUACAGAUCUGGAGUUUUCAAUAUGCAGAUAAAGGUGCCGGGGAGGAACUCCGCCGGAGUCGUCACCUCAUUCUACCUAACAUCGCACGGGGGUCGGCAUGACGAGGUGGACUUCGAAUUCUUGGGCAACCGUGAAGGCAAGCCCAUCUUGCUGCAGACCAAUGUGUUUGCAGAUGGAGUCGGUAAUAGGGAAGAGAGGAUUCUUCUCUGGUUUGAUCCGACAGCCGAUUUCCACUCUUACAAGGUCCUCUGGAACAAUCAUCAGAUCGUGUUUUAUGUGGAUGACAUCCCCAUAAGAGUGUUCAAGAACAACCCAGCCAUCGGAGUGCCCUACCUGACAGAGCCGAUGCAGAUAGAGGCGAGCCUGUGGGACGGCGACAACUGGGCGACGGACAAAGGCCUGACCAAGAUAGAUUGGAGCUAUGCACCGUUCCUAGCCCAUUACCGAGGCUUCGACAUCUCUGGCUGCGUGUUCCGGAGCCAAGACUGUGAUUCCUUGGCCUACUGGUGGAACUCGCAGGAGCACCGGAGUUUGGACGGCCAGCAAGAGAAACAGCUCGAUAAUGUUAGGAAGAAUUUCAUGUACUAUGAUUACUGCACCGACACGUCCAAACACCCCGUGCCGCCACCCGAGUGUCCUUAAGUGAAGGGGGUUGGGAGUUAAGUAAGCAACGAACCUCGCAAAAAAGUACGGCAUUUCCGGCAUCGAAUUGUGAGGUUCACUAUUUUAAAUCUCUUUGAUAGAAUAAACCGUGGAGUCGAGAAC